CCGCUGGCAUUGGCCCCGAUCCUGGCUCUGAGCUCUACUUGGUUUUGCACUGGAACAUGUGGUUUUUGGCACCAGGUUUCUCCGUGGAGGAGAUCGGCGAGGACCAGAGCAGCCAUCAAGUGGAUGUCAGUCGGCUCUGCUUUUACACGGGCUUCGUGCUGAACCGCAGCCUCGACUCCUUCGCUUCCCUCCAUGUCUGCGGCGGGCUGGUUGGAUAUAUCCAGAUUGGAUCGGAACAGGUGCAAAUCCAGCCAGUGAAUAUGUCUGAACAGUCAUUUGAUGGGAAGGAGCAUGUCAUCCAGCACAAGCGGUCCACCCGAUCAACCCAUCCUGCCACGUCCGGGGAGCUCCCAGUUGAGCGCUGCAGAGUGGUGGCAGAAAAGAAGAGGCAAAAAAAGACGAAGCAGACCAACGACUGGAGGGAACGGAGGAACGCUAUUCGGCUCACAAAUGAAUACACUGUGGAAACCCUUGUGGUGGCAGAUGUGGACAUGGUCCAGUACCACGGGGCUGAGGCCGCCCAAAGAUUCAUCCUCACUGUGAUGAACAUGGUGUACAACAUGUUUCAGCAUCAGAGUCUGGGAGUCAAAGUCAAUAUCCAAGUGACAAAACUUGUACUCCUUCGGCGGCGUCCUGCCAAGUUGUCCAUCGGUCACCACGGGGAGAGGUCUCUGGAGAGCUUUUGCCACUGGCAAAAUGAAGAGUUUGGUGGUGCAAAAUACCUUGGAAACAACCAGGUUCCUGGAGCACGAGACGACACCCCCUCUGCAGAUGCUGCUGUUUUUGUCACCAGGACAGAUUUUUGUGUCCACAAAGAUGAGCCGUGCGAUACUGUGGGAAUUGCCUAUCUUGGGGGCAUCUGCAGCUCGAAAAGGAAGUGUGUUCUCGCAGAAGACAAUGGACUGAACUUGGCGUUCACUAUUGCGCAUGAACUGGGACACAAUAUGGGGAUGAGUCAUGACGAUGACCACGUGUCCUGUGCCGGGAGAUCUCACAUCAUGUCUGGAGAGUGGGUGAAGGGCAGGAACCCGAGCGAUCUCUCCUGGUCCUCCUGCAGUCGAGACGACCUUGAAAAGUUUCUCAAGUCCAAGGUCAGCACCUGCUUGCUCGUAACUGACCCACGGAGCCGCUAUGCAGUGCGGCUUCCGUACAAACUUCCAGGAAUGCAUUAUAGUGCAGACGAACAGUGCCAGAUCCUCUUUGGAACAAAUGCAACUUUCUGCAAGAAUAUGGAGCAUCUGAUGUGUGCUGGUCUCUGGUGCCUCGUGGAAGGAGAUGCAUCUUGCAAAACCAAGCUGGAUCCUCCUUUGGAUGGCACCGAAUGUGGGGCAGACAAGUGGUGCCGAACUGGGGAGUGUGUCAGCAAAACUCCCAUCCCAGAACACGUUGACGGAGACUGGAGCAUGUGGAGCCAGUGGAGCAUGUGCAGCAGGACUUGUGGGAUGGGGGCCAGAUUCAGGCAACGCAAGUGUGACAACCCACCCCCUGGACCUGGGGGCAAAAACUGUCAGGGAGCAAGUGUUGAGCACACAGUUUGUGAAAACUUGCCCUGCCCCAAAGGGGUGCCCACCUUCCGAGACCAACAGUGCCAGUCGCAUGACAGAUAUUCCAAUAAGAAGAAAAGUCACUGGACGGCUGUUAUCAUGGAUGAUAAGCCCUGUGAACUGCACUGCUCGCUGUUCGGGAAGGAAUCCCCUAUGCUGGUAUCUGACAGGGUAGUUGACGGUACUCCGUGCGGGCCUUACGAGACAGACCUCUGCGUUCAUGGCAAGUGCCAGAAAAUUGGCUGUGAUGGGAUCAUUGGCUCAGCUGCCAAAGAGGAUCGUUGUGGAGUCUGUAAUGGAGAUGGGAAGACUUGCAAAGUGGUGAAAGGAGACUUCAACCAUACCAAAGGGAUGGGUUAUAUCGAAGCAGCCGUGAUCCCUGCUGGAGCCCGACGGAUCCGUGUGAUGGAAGAUAAACCUGCUCACAGUUUUCUGGCUUUGAAAGACUCCAGUAAGAAAUCCAUUAAUAGUGACUGGAAAAUAGAACUUCCUGGAGAGUUUCAGAUCGCAGGGACAACAGUCCGGUAUGUCCGAAGAGGGCUGUGGGAGAAGAUCUCCGCCAAGGGACCUACUAAAAUACCACUGCACUUAAUGGUGCUGCUAUUCCAUGACCAGAGUUAUGGAAUCCAUUAUGAAUACACCAUACCUGUUAACUACUCUGCUGAAAACAGGAGUGAACCCGAACACCAGCACGAUUCCCUGUACAUAUGGACACACAGUGGAUGGGAAGGCUGUAGCGUGCAGUGUGGAGGAGGAGAGCGUAAAACAAUCGUGUCCUGUACGCGGAUUGUUAAUAAGACCAUGAUGUUGGUGAACGACAGUGCGUGCCAGCGAGUGACCCGUCCAGAGCCGCAGGUUAGAAGAUGCAAUGUGCACCCCUGCCAGUCAAGGUGGGUGGCAAGCCAGUGGAGUCCCUGCUCGGCAACCUGUGCCAAAGGCUUCCAGCAUCGAGAGGUGUCGUGUGUCUAUCAGCUCCAGAAUGGCACCUACGUCAACACCAGGGAUCUGUUUUGCCCGAGUCCCAAGCCAACGCCAGUGCAGAGCUGUGAAGGCCGAGACUGCCUUUCCGUCUGGGAAGCCUCCGAGUGGUCCCAGUGCUCCUCCGACUGCGGGCGGGGAAAGCAGAAAAGAACGGUCACGUGCACCAACUCCCAGGGGAAGUGUGAUGCCGCCACCAGGCCGAAGGACGAGGAAGACUGUGAGGAUCACACGGGCUGCUAUGAGUGGAAGACAGGCGACUGGUCCAAGUGUUCUUCCACGUGUGGCAAAGGCCUUCAGUCUCGGGUGGUACAGUGCAUGCACAAGGUCACGGGUCGCCACGGCAACGAGUGCCCGGUCCUCUCCAAGCUGGCAGCCUACCGCCAGUGCCACCAGGAGGCCUGCAACGAGAAGAUAAAUGUCAACACGAUCACCUCUCCACGGCUCGCCGCUCUGACCUACAAGUGCACCGGCGACCAAUGGACAGUGUACUGCCGGGUGAUCCGCGAGAAAAACCUCUGCCAAGACAUGAGAUGGUACCAGCGCUGCUGUCAGACCUGCAGAGACUUCUACGCAAGCAAGUUGCAGCAGAAGAGCUAA